CUCCUUCUCGGUCUCUCUUCCCAUGGGUCGAGGCCGCCUGGAACUGUAUCCGGACUGCCUCACUUUCUCAUCCUCGCUCCCCCGCCCCUCCGACUCGCGCUUGUUUCACUUCGCCUCCUACGCUUUUCCUUUCAAUUACAGUACCAUGUGCAUAAUACUCGAGUCCCUCCCCCGUCCGUGAUCGAUUUGCGCUGCCAUUGUUGUAUGCGAGAAUGCAAACUGUGGUUGCUAGCAGAACCAGAUCGAUGACAACCCAAUCUUCGCUGUCAAAAUGGAUAUGAUGUCAAAUGGGCCCGCGACUUUUACGCCCGCCGCAGCUUCGGGCUCCGAUCUUCAUUCGACUACCAGCUCGACCGGUCCAACCCUCGCCGCGACGUCGACCUCUUCCCUAACCUCCCUCAAUGACUACUCCAACUUUCCCCUAGUCCGCCAGGGGGAUCGCACAUACCUCAGAGACCCCGAAAAUCUCUAUCCCCUCCCCUGCGAUCUUCAGGAGAUACAUCGUCAGACCCUGCGCUCGCUUAUGCUCAUGCGCGUCUUCGGGGGUCCCUUCUGCAACCCGCAAAUGGCCGACCGACCCCCCAAGCGGGUUCUAGAAAUCGCAUGUGGUUCAGGCCUCUGGUCCAGCAUGAGCCAUGAAUACUUCGUCCGCCGCGGCCACCGUAACGUGGUCUUCCAUGGUAUCGACGUUGUCUCUGUCGCCCCCGACCUGCGCAAAAAGGGUGUGCAUUGGCAGUUCCGACGACACGACCUCCGAAAGCCCCGCCUCCCUUUCCCGGACGACUAUUUCGACUUUGUCUUCAUUAAGGACGCAGGAAUGUGUCCAUCCAGCCCGGCCCAGCAAGCGUCCGGACUAAGCGAGCCACUGAGGGUCCUCAAAUCCGGCGGGAUUCUGGAAGUUUGGGAUUCCGACUGGGUAUUCCGAUCCUUGCUUCCCAACCCUGCGCCCGCCCGCAAAUUAGCGUCCAGGGAACAGGAGACGGCCGAUGCGACCGCAACUUACACGUUCUCCGCCGCGACCCCGUUCACAAGAGUGCAGAACAAGUUCUUCCAGGACUAUAACUCUUGGGUUGAAAAGGCUUUUGACCGUCGCAAAUUGACGGCGUUGCCGUGUGCCACAAUCGGUUUGUCUUUCAACUCAGAGGUAGAUGUUCUAGAGGGCGUGGAUAGUCGUCGCAUCGCUAUCCCGCUAGGAGAACUACGGUGGGAACGUGAAGGACAAGGGAAGGAUCCAGUGGGGUCGCGCAGGCAAUUGACCGCAGACCAGCUGUCCAUUCGGCGCACGGCCCUCUUGACAGUAAUUCAGAUGAUUGAAGGCAUGGAGCCUAUCCUCAUGGAAGCCAGUGGCAAGAGCAGAGAUGAAUGGGACAGAUGGUGGGCUGCCAUGAUCGCCGAUCUGUUCCAGAAGGGAGGCCUCGCGAACGGAGAGUGCUUAGAAGUAAGUGCUUGGUGGGGUCGGAAGAAAUGAACAGACUUCGGCGGAGAGGAUACGAACUCAACUGUUGGUGUUCUGGCGAACGCGGGAAAGAAAAAGACACGAAAAUCGUCGUGACCAUUGCUCUCUCAUAUUGGUGAUACCCCCACUUUUCUCCUUUCAAUUUCGCAUUUACUUUUUCUGUGUAAUCUUCUUGAGAACGUGUUGAUUAGGCCCACGACAAGUUGGACGGCCGGCAUCAUUUAUUAUCAUAGCGCUGUUUCAA